CUUCCGAAUGGGACUUUCGGCUCGACGCCACCAUUAUACUACGCUAUAGACGCACUUAUUGGAUCGGAGCCUAGUCCCAAGUUUGGGAAUCGCGGAGCCAGCAUAUAACGGAAGAAGAAAGUUCGAUUGAGCGAUCUACGGUAGACGACGCAGCUUUUAGAGAAUUUUAAAUUUCAUAUUCUGUCUUCACAUUCGUCUUUCUUUUUAUCUUCUAAGUACUGUAAAUGUACGUUAUGCACACGUGUGCGUCACAUGUAUGCGAUAACGACCGCACGCAUACAAAGUGCGUGUAAAAGAAUCGAUUCUCUUACAGCAAACAGCCACAAACGGCACAACCACGUUGUAGACAAUUGCAGGCGGCAAGAACAAACAAGUGAUAGCUUUUCGUUUUUGCUCGUUUUCAUUUUGUGUUCAUCUGUGAUCUUCGCUAAUUGGGGCCAUUGGAUCAUCUCUGGCGUCGCUAGGGAGAGCUACAGAGCGAAACUCGGGAGCCGAUCACGUGGAUUUGUUGUCACUUUGGUGUGAAAGUUGUGGAACGGUAUAACGGUUCUUAGCGAAUCUGCAAGCGAUCGGAUACACUGGUCACAGUGGUCACCGGCAGUCAUUUCGUGUGAGAGGUGUACGAAGCAUCAAUUCUGCUCGCAUACCUUCUUCAGACUCAGUUUUGAGCACAAGAAUCUCAAUUACUUUCGACAAUGGGUGACUGGGAAGAUAACAGACCGUCGUCAAGGAGGUACGAACGAGGUUUCGAUCAAAGAAGGGAUAAUAGAAGGGAAAGAGACACUCACUUUUAUAAACGCUCUAACACAUCAUCUGGGGAUAAUUGGAAUAAUGAUUCAAGUACAUAUAAUAAUUCGUAUCGUCGCGAAUAUGUUAGGGGGAGUAAUGACAAUAGUACAAAUGGACUUGUUAUGUACGUUGAUACCAAUAAUGUUGGAAAAAUUGUUGGGAGAGGUGGCAGCAAGAUUAAAGCUCUAGAGAGUGAAAGCAAUGCCAGGAUCAAGAUUGACAGACAGCAAGAAGAAAAUGGACAGACUGCUGUGACAUUAAUUGGUACAGAUGAUGAACAGCAACGAGCUAAGAGCUUAAUAGAAGAGUUAUUGAUUGAUAGAAGUAGUGGAUUUGACAGAAAUAGUAGAUUUGACAGAAAUAGUGGAUUUAACAGAAAUAGUGGAUUUAACAGAAGUAGUGAAACUGAUAAAAAUAUGCAGGAAAAUGUAGAAUCUACACAAGGAACAGGAGAUCAACCUGAGCAAAAAGAAAUUGAUUGGGUCAAUUUUGAUUGGUCCAAGGCUAAUCAAGAAUAUGAAAACCAUCAGAAGCAGAAGUGGGCAGCUUUGCCUCCUAUUAUAAAAAAUUUUUAUAAGGAAGAUCCAGCCGUUACCCAUAUGUCGGCAUCGAAAGUAGCUCACAUCAGGAAGAUCAACAAUAAUAUAGAAGUUAAACAUGUUUUCGAGAACGAAGGGGGCACUGACGAAGAGCUGAAAAUACCAAAUCCUGUUGAAACCUUUGAACAAGCUUUUCAAGCAUAUCCAGAUAUCCUCACAGAAAUACGAAAGCAAAACUUCGAAAAACCAAGUCCUAUACAGUGCCAGGCAUGGCCUAUUCUACUGAGUGGUCGAGAUCUCAUUGGGAUUGCUCAAACUGGGACAGGAAAAACUCUUGCUUUUUUAUUGCCUGCUUUGAUCCAUAUCGAUGGACAAGUAACUCCUCGCGACGAGCGUCCUGGACCAAAUGUUCUUGUUAUGGCACCGACGAGAGAAUUGGCAUUGCAGAUUGAAAAAGAAGUAGCAAAGUACUCUUACCGUGGUAUUAAAGCGGUCUGCGUGUACGGUGGCGGAAGUCGCAAAGCACAAGUAGCUACGGUGUCAAGUGGCGUGCAAAUAGUAAUUGCAACUCCCGGAAGAUUAAACGAUCUGGUUCAAGCAAAUAUAUUAGAUGUAUCGGCUGUAACAUAUCUUAUACUUGACGAAGCAGAUCGUAUGUUGGACAUGGGUUUUGAACCGCAAAUUCGUAAGACUCUCCUAGGUGUACGACCAGAUAGGCAAACCGUUAUGACAAGUGCUACAUGGCCUCAGGGUGUAAGACGCUUAGCCCAAUCGUAUAUGAAGAAUCCGCUUCAAGUAUUUGUCGGAUCUCUUGACUUAGCAGCUGUCCACUCUGUGACACAGAAAAUUUAUAUGGUUGAUCAAGACGAGAAAACGGAAUAUAUGCACCAGUUCUUCCAAGAAAUGGGCCCUCAUGAUAAGGCGAUAGUAUUUUUCGGUAAAAAGUCUAAGGUAGACGAUAUCUCUAGCGAUCUGGCUUUAUCGAAUAUCGAAUGCCAGAGCAUUCACGGUGAUAGAGAUCAAGCAGAUAGGGAACAGGCGUUAGAAGAUUUGAAGAGUGGAACUGUUCAAAUCCUUCUCGCGACUGACGUGGCUAGUCGAGGAAUUGAUAUUGAAGAUGUUACACAUGUAUUGAACUAUGACUUCCCACGAGAUAUAGAAGAAUACGUUCACAGAGUUGGCCGUACCGGACGCGCAGGUCGAACAGGCGAAAGUAUUACUUUUAUGACACGACAGGAUUGGCAUCAUGCGAAAGCGCUUAUAGAUAUUCUUGAAGAGGCUAAUCAAGAAGUACCUGAAGAAGUGUACAAAAUGGCUGAAAGAUAUGAUGCAUGGAAACAGAAAAAAGACGCAGAACAAUCGAGUCUAAGAGGCAACAGAUAUGGUAACAGCGGUAGACGCGAACGUUAUCGUAGAACUUAAAAACGAUCAAUACUAAGAAUUAAAAUUACAUUUAAUAUGCGAAAUUAGUACCAGAUUUUGUAUGAAACUGCAUUUUGUCUAAUACUGAUUUUAGUUGAUAUAAUCUUAUUUAUAAGAUUAAAAGAACAAUGUAAUGUUAUUUUUCUUUUCUUAUCAGUAACCAAAGUUAAAUAUCUAUAAUUUAAGAUUUAAGUUUAAAUGCCAUUACCAUUUAAAAUGCGUUCGCAUGUGACACAUGGGAAUGAAGUGGAAUAUAUUGUAACUAGUAAUAGUUUCGACUUAAUAUUAUUUUAAUUACCAAUAUGGUAAAAUAUAAUUUUGUAUUACAAUGUUUAUUAGUAUUCAGUAUGUUAAUUCGCAUAUUUUAUUUUUGUUUUUCAAGUUCAAUAUUAUACAAUUUUAUCAAUUGUUCGAAAGACAUUUAUAUUUAUAGCAUUUACAGUAUUCGAGUUUGGUUAAUAAAAUAUUUUUUUUUAAAUAA